UGGAAAGGCACUCUCGACACUAUGCUAGUUUUUAUUGCACUAUUUUCCGCCAUUAUUGCAACCUUUUUCGUAGAGUCACUGGCCGGCCUUGCACAGGAUCCGGCAUCUGAGACGAACGAUUUGCUUCGAAAUCUGACCGAAUUGCUCAUCGUGAUAAGCGGGACAGACACAGCGCAUCUAGAUAUCGCGCCCCCCACGCCUUUCCAGCCUGAUGGAAGCGCUGUGCGACUGAACUUGUACUGGUCGAUAUCCCUCAUUCUCAGCGUAAGUCUUGACGCUAAGCUACUUUGCAUUCGGGCCCUCCUAAUAUGA